CACACACACACGACCUGACCUACACUCUUUUUCUACUACUACUGCUGUCUGUGCUACCCCUCUCUCGCAUUUGGUAUUACGAUUUUUGGGGCUUUGACUAAAAGUCUUGAGCUAAAAAAGCUUCAUUUUUUUUAGAGCUCCUUCCUCCUCCAGAAAUAAAACAAUUUUUGCAAUUUGGGGGAGCCCGUGGCCUCCAAUCUCUCCGAAUUCGCGCGCCUCCUCGACCUGAUCCGCAUGGAUCAAUGGAGAUUUCAUGACUGUCGAGGUUAGAUGAACAGUGUUGUGCACUGAACUCUUGUUCAUCCUUGCUCAAGUCCAACUGUCUUGUCGAUCGAAUUCAAAAGUUGAGAUGAGUGCAACUGUGGAGUACAAUAUGGAUGAAGCUGUGAAAGCGCGAACUAUCGCGGAGAGCAAGUUUCAUGUGCGUGACCUCAGGGGCGCACGCAAGUACGCGAUCAAGGCCCAGAAUCUCUGCCCCUCACUUGAGGGCAUAUCCCAGAUGGUGUCCACUCUUGAAGUUCAUCUUGCAGCAGACUCCAAGAUUGAUGGAGAGUGUGACUGGUAUCGGAUCUUGUCCCUAGGCGCAUUUGCAGAUGAAGAGGAUGUCAAGAAGCAGUACAGGAAGCUAGCUCUCCAGCUGCACCCUGACAAGAACAAGACAGUUGGUGCUGAGGAGGCCUUUAAACUGAUUUCCGAGGCAUGGAGUGUGCUGUCUGAUACUAGUAGGAAGGCAAUUUAUGAUCAGAAGAGGUCAGAUCAUUCUGUUGUCAACGUAACCAAUGGCAUGUAUACAUAUGACAAGAAAGCGACCAAGAGAGCUCGGAAGAAUGCUGCGGCCGCUGCCGCCGCCGCUGCUGCUGCUGCAGCGGCAGCUGCAGAGGCUACUACUCGUCCUGCUGGAGUUGAAACUUUCUGGACAUCUUGCAAUCGCUGUCGUAUGCAGUAUGAAUACUUAAGAAUGUAUCUUAAUCAUAAUCUUCUGUGCCCAAACUGCCAUCAUGCAUUCAUGGCGGUAGAGACUGGAUUUCCUUGCAACGGGAGCAGUUCAUCGUUCUCCUGGUCAACCAAGCAGCAGCCGCAGAAUCACAAUAACAAUUCCACCAAAAAUUCAUAUGGCUCAACAAGCAGGACUUCGAGCAUUCCGGGGACAGGGCAUGGGGGGUACCAGCAAGAUAGUACUUAUGAUGCCUACAACACUCAGAGCUUUCAGUGGAAUCAGUACGCCAAGACGACACCUGCAGCUGGUACAAAUGCUUACAGUGCCCAACCUUCUGAGAAACCGAGGAGAACGAAUGAAGAGAGCUACACAUACAACUACCCUACAAGUGGAAACAUAUGUGAUCCUGAGAUAACUACUUCAAGGCGUGGCCGGUUUGCAAAGCGGAGAAGGCAUAGUAAUGAUUAUAGUGCUGUGGAUUAUGGUGGAGAUAACAAAGACACAGUGGUUGCGAACACAGAAACAAUUGCUUUCGCAGAUGUAGGACGGGUUAAUGGCACUACAGUGGAAAAGUUGAGAUCUGCAGUGAGUGUAAAGAGGGCUAAUGUUUUGAGAGAGAUCUCCCAGAUUGAUACACGAAGCCUACUUAUUGAGAAAGCCAAAGAAGCUGUCAGGGGAAAAUUGCAUGAGCUGAGCGUGGCAUCAUGUUCACGGCAUGCAGAGAAAAGGAAGUCGGAAGGGAAGGUAUAUCCUAGUGACAACAACAUAAAGGCAAAUGGGGUCCUCUCUGGCAAACCUGGCAAAGGACUGAAGCUAUGCAAUUCAAUAAGUGUUGACACCCAAGUACCUGCAACUGCAGUUGAUGAAAAGAAUGCAGAACAGAAGCGUGUGCCUGUUUCUAUCGAUGUCCCAGACCCUGAUUUCCAUGAUUUUGAUAAGGAUCGCACAGAGAGAGCUUUUUAUAGUGACCAAGUAUGGGCUACAUAUGAUAGUGAGGAUGGUAUGCCUCGUCUAUAUGCAAUGGUGCAGAAAGUUCUUUCAAUGAGACCUUUCAGAAUCCGCAUGAGUUUUCUCAACUCCAAAUCCAAUAUUGAACUGGCACCAAUAAACUGGGUUGCCUCUGGCUUCCAGAAAACAUGCGGAGAUUUCAGGGUUGGAAGGUACCAGAUUACCGAAACAGUCAACAUAUUUUCGCAUAAAGUCAGCUGGACAAAAGGCCCCCGUGGGAUUAUCAGAAUUAUUCCUCAGAAAGGUGAUACAUGGGCUUUGUACCGAGACUGGUCUCCUGAUUGGAAUGAGCUUACACCUGAUGAUGUGAUAUAUAAGUAUGAGAUUGUAGAAGUUAUUGAUGAGUUCACUGAAGAGGAAGGGCUGACUGUCAUUCCAUUGUUGAAGGUUGCUGGUUUCAAAGCUGUCUUCCAUAGGCACAUGGACCCCAAGGAGGUCAGGAGGAUACCAAAGUGUGAGCUGUUUCGGUUCUCACAUCAGGUUCCUUCUCGACUGCUGACUGGGGAGGAAGGCAACAAUGCCCCAGAAGGUUGUCAUGAGCUUGAUCCUGCUGCAACUCCAGUGGACCUUCUAAAGGUUAUUACAGAGGUCAAUGAAGAUGCGACGACACAAACUGCUAAAGAGGGCAACUCUGAACACUGAAAAUAGCUUGGGUGUCUGAAGUGUGAAAUGUACUACACAGAUGACAACAAGUCAACAUUUGUUUGUCUCUUAGCUCUAUUAUGCCAUCUUAUUUUCGGCUGUUGACUUGGACAACACUGCCAGGACAAGCAGCUUAUGUCGCAGACUUCUGACUGGUGAUUCGUAGGCACUUCUAACAUUCCCCGAGUUCAUCGAUAUCAUUCAGAGAUUACCCAUUUGGAGGCCACUCUCGGUGAUUGAUGAGGCAAACUAGUGAAAGGAAGCUGAGGAGCCUCAUGACUUGCUGAUGUUGCUCUGUCUAGGUAUGCUGUUCUGCAUAGGAGCCAAAAUUGAGGGGGGAGCAGCCACUGGGGCUUCCCCAUGUACCAGGAAAUUAUUGAUGUACCAAUUUACCUAAGUUACUGUAUUUUCUUUUAAUCUAUAGUAAUUUGCCCUUAUAAUGUUGAACUUGAUGAUUUGGAGAUCCUAAUUUGAACUCAGUGAACUAGUUCGGCAUUUUAAUAUUAUAUUUAGUGGAAGUUUCAGCUUCCGUGGUA